AUGACGCUCAACGCAGCCGCUGCGCCCAAACCGCCUACAGUGAUCCACAUCGAGGGACGUGCCAAGGUUAGGACGGUGGCCGAGCGAGCCGCACUUGACAUACACGUCCUUGAUACUGGCUACGACAAAGAUUUGGCCUCGAAGAAUGUCAUCACGGCCGUCAAUACCUUGCAAAGUCGGCUCGAUUCGCUCGUAUCACGACUUGAAAACGGGGACAUAUCGCCCGCUUCUCCCAUUACAUUCUAUUCAAUCGCUUCACUCUCCAUCUCGACACGCGAUGACUACGACAACGAAGGUAACCGACCAGACCCGGACAAGAAACUGCACACAGCGAGCUCAACUAUCGACGUCCACUUUCGCGACUUUACACUUCUAGGGGACAUGGUCGUCCGUCUGUCGGCCAUGGACUACGUCGGCCUCAGAGGCGUGACUUGGCAGUUGACCGACGCGAAGCAAGCUUGGCUGGACGAGGAAGUCCGCCUGCAAGCUCUCAAGCAUGCCAUCGAAAGGGCAGAAGCGUAUGCACGUAUCAUCAGCAGAGAGAGGGUCACGUGUGUCAAGAUUGAGGACAGUAGCGAGUUCUGGCCUUCAGGACAGAUGAUGCAGACAGCAAGGCAGGUUGCAAGUGUUGAGGCUUUUGGUGUCGGUGCCGGCAUACAGUUUGAGCCCGGAAAUAUCGAGGUGAGAGGGACGGUGAGUGUCGAGUUUCAUGCGGAAUGA